AUGUACCAAUCAGCAUGGCUGUGUUUACUCCUGGUAACGGUGUUGGCCGUAGUGCCAGAAGAACACCAGUACUGUGCAAUCCGGUAUCGAAGACUCUGCCAGGGCAAAGGACGGCACGUUGCAUGCCAAUUUCCUGAUUCUGGGCCCGGUUCGUCGUGUGAACGCUACACACCUAUCAAAUUCACAAAUGAUUUAAAACACUUCAUAACACAUUAUCUAAACAGACGUCGUCAGCGGAUCGCCUCAGGGAAUGAAAGAGUCCGCGGGGGUGUUCAUUUGCCAAAACCCCAAAUUAUGAUGCUUGUUGAGUGGGAUCGUGAACUAUCACAAUUGGCGCAAAGAUUAGCAGACCAGUGCCAUUUCGUUCAUGAUGAUUGCAGAGCAACAGUAAAAUAUCCUUACGCUGGACAAACAGUCGGUGAGGUCCGGUGGCGUCGCUCCAGCGACUCAGAUGAGCUGAGCGCGCAACGUGCUAUCCGGAGAGUGCUCGACGCGUGGUGGGGGGAACGAAGACGUGCACAACCGAAACAACUUACAGCACCAUUCAGAUUGACUGCUAAAGGCACAGUUUGGGGUCACUUCAGUCAAUUAGCAGUUUGGAAUCUUCAGGCUGUUGGUUGUGGUGCCGUCCGCCACGGAGCUCAUCAUCCUCGGUUACUGCUGGUGUGUGAUUUCUCACACACCAACAUGUUAGGACAACGCACUUUGGUCCCCGGUCCUAUGGCUCCCUGUCCAAUUCACACAGCACGAAGACCUAGGAGUGCUUAUCCUGCGUUGUGUGGUCCGGUUCGUCAUCCAGCACCCCAAGAGCGCGAUGACUUGGAAAUGGAGGAGUACGACGAUGAGGAUGAUGACUCGGAAGAAGCAGAAACUGUUGAAGUUGGAGACGUACCGACCCCAAGUAUUUGGCAUAAGAGAACGGAAGCAUACAGAACGUCAUCCAGAUCGAUCACUCGUGCGACUGUACCGUUUUCUACUCUCAGAGAGUUCCCUGGUGCAGUUUCCAGACAGCAAGAUUCAUUGGGGAUCUACAGGGGAGAAAUAGAUAAAUUCACAGAGUCUGCAACAACUCUCAUAUCGAUACAAGAACCUAUAAGGGAAAAAGCGAUCAGAGAUAGAGAAAAAAUUAUGCAUCAAGACAUAGAUAGAGAUAGAGAGCCACCCAGGGACAGACCAGAAAUCUGGCAUAGAGAGGAUCAGCGUGAUCAGGUUCGAAGCAGAGAUAGAGGGCUAAUUAGGUCGCAGGUCAGGCAUAGGGCCAUGGAGAGGGAUAGAGAGAUAGAUACAGAUAGGCAUAAAGAUCUAGUGAUGGACGAACAAAGCAGAAGGAAGGCUAUUUUUAAGCACGAGAAGGAGUUUUUCCCUAUGGAGUCGACCGACUGGCCGACUAAGAAGCAUUUGUUGGAAAGACCGUAUGGUCAGCGGCAGGGUAACGAAAGUCCUUCUGCUGAAAAUGAGAGAGACAGAGAUUUGGAACAGGUGAUACCCUUAACAGGGCCAAGGCGACAAUCCACGCAGCCUCAGGAGCCACGGAUGGUAGAGGUGUACCGCCCUACUGUCGGAGAAGACAACAGUGAUCCUCAGGAACUGGAAUCUGAGUCGGAGCCUGGCUUCCGCUCGAGAUUCCAACAGACGCGAAGUAGACCAAAAAGACCAGGUGCAAAUGCCUUGUUACACACUUCAACAAUUAAGGUGACCAAAAAACCAGCAAUGUCGGUGCUAAAACUGGACAAAGAGGACAUUGACCAGUUAUUUCGUGACACAGGAUUCAAUAUGGACUGGAGAAAACAAACCACAUUGUACAAGACUUUUGGAUUGGCAUGUAAAUAUUUUGACAAAGAUUGUCUUAGAAAUUGUAGUACUGGUGAAACUAUAUAUCAAACAUUUCAGUUGAACUGUACGCUAAACAGGUCAUUAAAUAAAUGCUGUAGAUACUUUCAAUGUCAGAAAUAA